AUGCGUGCAUGGAUAAGAUGGACGGAGCAGCACGGCGACAAGGAAGAGCACAUGGAAAGGGGGGGCUUCGGGGGAGGGAAGGGGUGGAGCAAGGAGUGGAGGGGAGGGGGGGCGGACCUGCGUGGAGCAAGGAGUGGAAGGGAGGGGGGGGCGGACCUGCGUGGAGCAAGGAGUGGAAGGGAGGGCGGACCUGCGUGGUGCAGGGCGCGGAGGGGAAGGGGGGGCGGACCUGCGUGGUGCAGGGCGCGGAGGGGAAGGGGGGGCGGACCUGCGUGGUGCAGGGCGCGGAGGGGAAGGGGGGCGGACCUGCGUGGUGCAGGGCGCGGAGGGGAAGGGGGGGCGGACCUGCGUGGUGCAGGGCGCGGAGGGGAAGGGGGGCGGACCUGCGUGGUGCAGGGCGCGGAGGGGAAGGGGGGCGGACCUGCGUGGUGCAGGGCGCGGAGGGGAAGGGGGGCGGACCUGCGUGGUGCAGGGCGCGGAGGGGAAGGGGGGCGGACCUGCGUGGUGCAGGGCGCGGAGGGGAAGGGGGGGCGGACCUGCGUGGUGCAGGGCGCGGAGGGGAAGGGGGGCGGACCUGCGUGGUGCAGGGCGCGGAGGGGAAGGGGGGCGGACCUGCGUGGUGCAGGGCGCGGAGGGGAAGGGGGGCGGACCUGCGUGGUGCAGGGCGCGGAGGGGAAGGGGGGCGGACCUGCGUGGUGCAGGGCGCGGAGGGGAAGGGGGGCGGACCUGCGUGGUGCAGGGCGCGGAGGGGAAGGGGGGCGGACCUGCGUGGUGCAGGGCGCGGAGGGGAAGGGGGGCGGACCUGCGUGGUGCAGGGCGCGGAGGGGAAGGGGGGCGGACCUGCGUGGUGCAGGGCGCGGAGGGGAAGGGGGGCGGACCUGCGUGGUGCAGGGCGCGGAGGGGAAGGGGGGCGGACCUGCGUGGUGCAGGGCGCGGAGGGGAAGGGGGGCGGACCUGCGUGGUGCAGGGCGCGGAGGGGAAGGGGGGCGGACCUGCGUGGUGCAGGGCGCGGAGGGGAAGGGGGGCGGACCUGCGUGGUGCAGGGCGCGGAGGGGAAGGGGGGCGGACCUGCGUGGUGCAGGGCGCGGAGGGGAAGGGGGGCGGACCUGCGUGGUGCAGGGCGCGGAGGGGAAGGGGGGCGGACCUGCGUGGUGCAGGGCGCGGAGGGGAAGGGGGGCGGACCUGCGUGGUGCAGGGCGCGGAGGGGAAGGGGGGCGGACCUGCGUGGUGCAGGGCGCGGAGGGGAAGGGGGGCGGACCUGCGUGGUGCAGGGCGCGGAGGGGAAGGGGGGCGGACCUGCGUGGUGCAGGGCGCGGAGGGGAAGGGGGGCGGACCUGCGUGGUGCAGGGCGCGGAGGGGAAGGGGGGGCGGACCUGCGUGGUGCAGGGCGCGGAGGGGAAGGGGGGCGGACCUGCGUGGUGCAGGGCGCGGAGGGGAAGGGGGGCGGACCUGCGUGGUGCAGGGCGCGGAGGGGAAGGGGGGCGGACCUGCGUGGUGCAGGGCGCGGAGGGGAAGGGGGGCGGACCUGCGUGGUGCAGGGCGCGGAGGGGAAGGGGGGCGGACCUGCGUGGUGCAGGGCGCGGAGGGGAAGGGGGGCGGACCUGCGUGGUGCAGGGCGCGGAGGGGAAGGGGGGCGGACCUGCGUGGUGCAGGGCGCGGAGGGGAAGGGGGGCGGACCUGCGUGGUGCAGGGCGCGGAGGGGAAGGGGGGCGGACCUGCGUGGUGCAGGGCGCGGAGGGGAAGGGGGGCGGACCUGCGUGGUGCAGGGCGCGGAGGGGAAGGGGGGCGGACCUGCGUGGUGCAGGGCGCGGAGGGGAAGGGGGGCGGACCUGCGUGGUGCAGGGCGCGGAGGGGAAGGGGGGCGGACCUGCGUGGUGCAGGGCGCGGAGGGGAAGGGGGGCGGACCUGCGUGGUGCAGGGCGCGGAGGGGAAGGGGGGCGGACCUGCGUGGUGCAGGGCGCGGAGGGGAAGGGGAGGCGGACCUGCGUGGUGCAGGGCGCGGAGGGGAAGGGGGGCGGACCUGCGUGGUGCAGGGCGCGGAGGGGAAGGGGGGCGGACCUGCGUGGUGCAGGGCGCGGAGGGGAAGGGGGGCGGACCUGCGUGGUGCAGGGCGCGGAGGGGAAGGGGGGCGGACCUGCGUGGUGCAGGGCGCGGAGGGGAAGGGGGGCGGACCUGCGUGGUGCAGGGCGCGGAGGGGAAGGGGGGCGGACCUGCGUGGUGCAGGGCGCGGAGGGGAAGGGGGGCGGACCUGCGUGGUGCAGGGCGCGGAGGGGAAGGGGGGGCGGACCUGCGUGGUGCAGGGCGCGGAGGGGAAGGGGGGCGGACCUGCGUGGUGCAGGGCGCGGAGGGGAAGGGGGGCGGACCUGCGUGGUGCAGGGCGCGGAGGGGAAGGGGGGCGGACCUGCGUGGUGCAGGGCGCGGAGGGGAAGGGGGGCGGACCUGCGUGGUGCAGGGCGCGGAGGGGAAGGGGGGCGGACCUGCGUGGUGCAGGGCGCGGAGGGGAAGGGGGGCGGACCUGCGUGGUGCAGGGCGCGGAGGGGAAGGGGGGCGGACCUGCGUGGUGCAGGGCGCGGAGGGGAAGGGGGGCGGACCUGCGUGGUGCAGGGCGCGGAGGGGAAGGGGGGCGGACCUGCGUGGUGCAGGGCGCGGAGGGGAAGGGGGGCGGACCUGCGUGGUGCAGGGCGCGGAGGGGAAGGGGGGCGGACCUGCGUGGUGCAGGGCGCGGAGGGGAAGGGGGGCGGACCUGCGUGGUGCAGGGCGCGGAGGGGAAGGGGGGCGGACCUGCGUGGUGCAGGGCGCGGAGGGGAAGGGGGGCGGACCUGCGUGGUGCAGGGCGCGGAGGGGAAGGGGGGCGGACCUGCGUGGUGCAGGGCGCGGAGGGGAAGGGGGGCGGACCUGCGUGGUGCAGGGCGCGGAGGGGAAGGGGGGCGGACCUGCGUGGUGCAGGGCGCGGAGGGGAAGGGGGGCGGACCUGCGUGGUGCAGGGCGCGGAGGGGAAGGGGGGCGGACCUGCGUGGUGCAGGGCGCGGAGGGGAAGGGGGGCGGACCUGCGUGGUGCAGGGCGCGGAGGGGAAGGGGGGCGGACCUGCGUGGUGCAGGGCGCGGAGGGGAAGGGGGGCGGACCUGCGUGGUGCAGGGCGCGGAGGGGAAGGGGGGCGGACCUGCGUGGUGCAGGGCGCGGAGGGGAAGGGGGGCGGACCUGCGUGGUGCAGGGCGCGGAGGGGAAGGGGGGCGGACCUGCGUGGUGCAGGGCGCGGAGGGGAAGGGGGGCGGACCUGCGUGGUGCAGGGCGCGGAGGGGAAGGGGGGCGGACCUGCGUGGUGCAGGGCGCGGAGGGGAAGGGGGGCGGACCUGCGUGGUGCAGGGCGCGGAGGGGAAGGGGGGCGGACCUGCGUGGUGCAGGGCGCGGAGGGGAAGGGGGGGCGGACCUGCGUGGUGCAGGGCGCGGAGGGGAAGGGGGGCGGACCUGCGUGGUGCAGGGCGCGGAGGGGAAGGGGGGCGGACCUGCGUGGUGCAGGGCGCGGAGGGGAAGGGGGGCGGACCUGCGUGGUGCAGGGCGCGGAGGGGAAGGGGGGCGGACCUGCGUGGUGCAGGGCGCGGAGGGGAAGGGGGGCGGACCUGCGUGGUGCAGGGCGCGGAGGGGAAGGGGGGCGGACCUGCGUGGUGCAGGGCGCGGAGGGGAAGGGGGGCGGACCUGCGUGGUGCAGGGCGCGGAGGGGAAGGGGGGCGGACCUGCGUGGUGCAGGGCGCGGAGGGGAAGGGGGGCGGACCUGCGUGGUGCAGGGCGCGGAGGGGAAGGGGGGCGGACCUGCGUGGUGCAGGGCGCGGAGGGGAAGGGGGGCGGACCUGCGUGGUGCAGGGCGCGGAGGGGAAGGGGGGCGGACCUGCGUGGUGCAGGGCGCGGAGGGGAAGGGGGGCGGACCUGCGUGGUGCAGGGCGCGGAGGGGAAGGGGGGCGGACCUGCGUGGUGCAGGGCGCGGAGGGGAAGGGGGGCGGACCUGCGUGGUGCAGGGCGCGGAGGGGAAGGGGGGCGGACCUGCGUGGUGCAGGGCGCGGAGGGGAAGGGGGGCGGACCUGCGUGGUGCAGGGCGCGGAGGGGAAGGGGGGCGGACCUGCGUGGUGCAGGGCGCGGAGGGGAAGGGGGGCGGACCUGCGUGGUGCAGGGCGCGGAGGGGAAGGGGGGCGGACCUGCGUGGUGCAGGGCGCGGAGGGGAAGGGGGGCGGACCUGCGUGGUGCAGGGCGCGGAGGGGAAGGGGGGCGGACCUGCGUGGUGCAGGGCGCGGAGGGGAAGGGGGGCGGACCUGCGUGGUGCAGGGCGCGGAGGGGAAGGGGGGCGGACCUGCGUGGUGCAGGGCGCGGAGGGGAAGGGGGGCGGACCUGCGUGGUGCAGGGCGCGGAGGGGAAGGGGGGCGGACCUGCGUGGUGCAGGGCGCGGAGGGGAAGGGGGGCGGACCUGCGUGGUGCAGGGCGCGGAGGGGAAGGGGGGCGGACCUGCGUGGUGCAGGGCGCGGAGGGGAAGGGGGGCGGACCUGCGUGGUGCAGGGCGCGGAGGGGAAGGGGGGCGGACCUGCGUGGUGCAGGGCGCGGAGGGGAAGGGGGGCGGACCUGCGUGGUGCAGGGCGCGGAGGGGAAGGGGGGCGGACCUGCGUGGUGCAGGGCGCGGAGGGGAAGGGGGGCGGACCUGCGUGGUGCAGGGCGCGGAGGGGAAGGGGGGCGGACCUGCGUGGUGCAGGGCGCGGAGGGGAAGGGGGGCGGACCUGCGUGGUGCAGGGCGCGGAGGGGAAGGGGGGCGGACCUGCGUGGUGCAGGGCGCGGAGGGGAAGGGGGGCGGACCUGCGUGGUGCAGGGCGCGGAGGGGAAGGGGGGCGGACCUGCGUGGUGCAGGGCGCGGAGGGGAAGGGGGGCGGACCUGCGUGGUGCAGGGCGCGGAGGGGAAGGGGGGCGGACCUGCGUGGUGCAGGGCGCGGAGGGGAAGGGGGGCGGACCUGCGUGGUGCAGGGCGCGGAGGGGAAGGGGGGCGGACCUGCGUGGUGCAGGGCGCGGAGGGGAAGGGGGGCGGACCUGCGUGGUGCAGGGCGCGGAGGGGAAGGGGGGCGGACCUGCGUGGUGCAGGGCGCGGAGGGGAAGGGGGGCGGACCUGCGUGGUGCAGGGCGCGGAGGGGAAGGGGGGCGGACCUGCGUGGUGCAGGGCGCGGAGGGGAAGGGGGGCGGACCUGCGUGGUGCAGGGCGCGGAGGGGAAGGGGGGGCGGACCUGCGUGGUGCAGGGCGCGGAGGGGAAGGGGGGCGGACCUGCGUGGUGCAGGGCGCGGAGGGGAAGGGGGGCGGACCUGCGUGGUGCAGGGCGCGGAGGGGAAGGGGGGCGGACCUGCGUGGUGCAGGGCGCGGAGGGGAAGGGGGGGCGGACCUGCGUGGUGCAGGGCGCGGAGGGGAAGGGGGGCGGACCUGCGUGGUGCAGGGCGCGGAGGGGAAGGGGGGCGGACCUGCGUGGUGCAGGGCGCGGAGGGGAAGGGGGGCGGACCUGCGUGGUGCAGGGCGCGGAGGGGAAGGGGGGCGGACCUGCGUGGUGCAGGGCGCGGAGGGGAAGGGGGGGCGGACCUGCGUGGUGCAGGGCGCGGAGGGGAAGGGGGGCGGACCUGCGUGGUGCAGGGCGCGGAGGGGAAGGGGGGCGGACCUGCGUGGUGCAGGGCGCGGAGGGGAAGGGGGGCGGACCUGCGUGGUGCAGGGCGCGGAGGGGAAGGGGGGCGGACCUGCGUGGUGCAGGGCGCGGAGGGGAAGGGGGGCGGACCUGCGUGGUGCAGGGCGCGGAGGGGAAGGGGGGCGGACCUGCGUGGUGCAGGGCGCGGAGGGGAAGGGGGGGCGGACCUGCGUGGUGCAGGGCGCGGAGGGGAAGGGGGGCGGACCUGCGUGGUGCAGGGCGCGGAGGGGAAGGGGGGCGGACCUGCGUGGUGCAGGGCGCGGAGGGGAAGGGGGGCGGACCUGCGUGGUGCAGGGCGCGGAGGGGAAGGGGGGCGGACCUGCGUGGUGCAGGGCGCGGGAGGGGAAGGGGGGCGGACCUGCGUGGUGCAGGGCGCGGAGGGGAAGGGGGGCGGACCUGCGUGGUGCAGGGCGCGGAGGGGAAGGGGGGCGGACCUGCGUGGUGCAGGGCGCGGAGGGGAAGGGGGGCGGACCUGCGUGGUGCAGGGCGCGGAGGGGAAGGGGGGCGGACCUGCGUGGUGCAGGGCGCGGAGGGGAAGGGGGGCGGACCUGCGUGGUGCAGGGCGCGGAGGGGAAGGGGGGCGGACCUGCGUGGUGCAGGGCGCGGAGGGGAAGGGGGGCGGACCUGCGUGGUGCAGGGCGCGGAGGGGAAGGGGGGCGGACCUGCGUGGUGCAGGGCGCGGAGGGGAAGGGAGGCGGACCUGCGUGGUGCAGGGCGCGGAGGGGAAGGGGGGCGGACCUGCGUGGUGCAGGGCGCGGAGGGGAAGGGGGGCGGACCUGCGUGGUGCAGGGCGCGGAGGGGAAGGGGGGCGGACCUGCGUGGUGCAGGGCGCGGAGGGGAAGGGGGGCGGACCUGCGUGGUGCAGGGCGCGGAGGGGAAGGGGGGCGGACCUGCGUGGUGCAGGGCGCGGAGGGGAAGGGGGGCGGACCUGCGUGGUGCAGGGCGCGGAGGGGAAGGGGGGCGGACCUGCGUGGUGCAGGGCGCGGAGGGGAAGGGGGGCGGACCUGCGUGGUGCAGGGCGCGGAGGGGAAGGGGGGCGGACCUGCGUGGUGCAGGGCGCGGAGGGGAAGGGGGGCGGACCUGCGUGGUGCAGGGCGCGGAGGGGAAGGGGGGCGGACCUGCGUGGUGCAGGGCGCGGAGGGGAAGGGGGGCGGACCUGCGUGGUGCAGGGCGCGGAGGGGAAGGGGGGCGGACCUGCGUGGUGCAGGGCGCGGAGGGGAAGGGGGGCGGACCUGCGUGGUGCAGGGCGCGGAGGGGAAGGGGGGCGGACCUGCGUGGUGCAGGGCGCGGAGGGGAAGGGGGGCGGACCUGCGUGGUGCAGGGCGCGGAGGGGAAGGGGGGCGGACCUGCGUGGUGCAGGGCGCGGAGGGGAAGGGGGGCGGACCUGCGUGGUGCAGGGCGCGGAGGGGAAGGGGGGCGGACCUGCGUGGUGCAGGGCGCGGAGGGGAAGGGGGGCGGACCUGCGUGGUGCAGGGCGCGGAGGUUGGAGAGGAUCUGGCGCAUGACGGUCUGCGCCACCUCCCACUCCACCCACGUGCGCUGCUCCUCCGACCACCCCCCCGCGUCCCCCUGCACGCCCAGCAGCAUGGCGGCCAGCGGCGCGGGGUACUGGCGGUCCUUGAGGUGGCGGUCCAACGUGCUGUCGCCCUGAAACAACUGCUCCCCAUUACCUCUUCCCGCCUCCCCGUUUUCCCUUCCCGCUCCCCAUUACCCCUUCGCGCCUCCCCGUUUCCCCUUCCCGCCACCCCAUUUCCUCUUCCCGCUCCCCAUUACCCCUUCCCGCCUCCCCGUUUCCCCUUCCCGCUCCCCAUUACCCCUUCCCGCCUCCCCGUUUCCCCUUCCCGCCUCCCCGUUACCCCUUCCCGCCUCCCCGUUUCCCCUUCCCGCCUCCCCGUUUUCCCUUCUCGCUCCCCAUUACCCCUUCGCACCUCUCCGUUCUCCCCAAUUCCCCUUCCCGCCACCCCAUUUCCUCUUCCCGCUCCCCAUUAUCCCUUCCCGCCUCCCCGUUUCCCCUUCCCACUCCCCAUUACCCCUUCCCGCCUCCCCAAUUCCCCUUCCCGCUCCCCAUUACCCCUUCCCUCCUCCCCGUUACCCCUUCCCGCUUCCCCAUUACCCCUUCCCCGCCUCCCCGUUUCCCCUUCCCGCCUCCCCGCUUCCCCUUCCCACUCCCGAUUAUCCCUUCCCGCCUCCCGAUUACCCCAUUUUCCCCCCAUGCUCUCCCUCAUUCCCCCCCCCCUUCUCCCUCUCAUUCCCCCCAUGAAGCCCCUCAUCCCCCCCUUUCUCCCUCUCAUCUCCCCCCCUGCUCCCUGUCAUGUCCCCACCUUCUCUCUCUCAUGUCCCCCCCUUCUCCCCCUCAUUUACCCCCAUUCUCCCUCUCAUUUCUUCCCCUUCCCCCUCUUAUAUCUCCCCCUUCUCCCUCUCAUUCCCCCCAUGAAGCCCCUCAUUCCCCCCCUUUCUCCCUCUCAUUCCCCCCUCUGCUCCCUGUCAUGUCCCCCCUUCUCUCGCUCAUUUAAAUGCCACGUAAUCUCCCUCUCAUUUCCCCUCAUCCCCCCCACCUUCCCCUCUCGUUUCCCCCCAUCUCCCUCUCCUUUCCCCACGUGCUCCUUCUCAUUCCCCCCCCUUCUCCAUCUCGUUUCCCCCCCGCUCAUUUCCCCCCAUCUCCUCUCAUUUUCCCCCUCUUCCCCUCUCAUACGCUUCUAA